UUUUCUUCUUCUUCAACGCAAGAACUCAGAAACUAGAAAAUGUCUGGACGUGGUAAGACCGGUGGAAAAGCCAGAGCUAAGGCCAAGACCCGCUCCUCCAGGGCCGGGCUCCAGUUCCCCGUCGGCCGUGUCCACAGGCUGCUGAGGAAGGGUAACUACGCUCAGCGCGUCGGGGCCGGAGCUCCCGUCUACCUGGCGGCGGUGCUCGAGUAUCUGACCGCUGAGAUCCUGGAGCUGGCUGGAAACGCCGCCAGAGACAACAAGAAGACCAGGAUCAUCCCCCGCCACCUGCAGCUGGCCGUCCGCAACGACGAGGAGCUCAACAAGCUGCUCGGAGGAGUCACCAUCGCUCAGGGUGGUGUCCUGCCCAACAUCCAGGCGGUGCUGCUGCCCAAGAAGACCGAGAAACCCGCCAAGAAGUAAAUCCGAGUCCCGAGAGGAACUCAACAAACCCAACAAAGGCUCUUUUAAGAGCCACCCACCACCACUGGAAGAGCUCUGCUUUCUAUUUUUUUGUGUAUGAUAAUUAUGUCUCAAUAAACGUUUGUGUUCAUAAACAAUAGAAAAUUAUCA